AUGUCGAAGGCAGCAGGGAGGACAGCCUCUACAACUUCUGCCGACUCUGUCGCAUCAGCUGCAUCCGGUAGCAAAGAUGGUUCUACAUCAGGCUCGGUCUCAGGAGUACCCAAGAAAUCAAAGAAGUCUAAGAAAACCACAGAGAGCAUGAUCGUAGUCUACAACUCUGUGCUCAACAGUGUUUUUGGGCCGGAGAGAGAAUUGGCUCAGGCUGAGUUGGAUGAGUUGCAAGAGGCUUUCAAAGAGUUUGACUAUGAUCAAGAUGGCUACCUGAACUACAAGGAUGUGGCUGAAUGCAUGAGGACUAUGGGAUACAUGCCCACAGAGAUGGAGCUGCUGGAGAUAGUCCAACAGAUCAAGAUGAGAAUGGGCGGGUUGAUGGAUUUUGAGGACUUUAUUGAGCUGAUGGGACCCAGGAUGAUGGGAGAGACCGCUCACAUGCUGGGACUCAAGGAGCUCCAGUCCGCCUUUUUACAGUUUGACCUUGAUGGAGAUGGAAGGAUCACCCAGGACGAGAUGAAGGAGGCGAUUAAGACGAUGCUUGGGGAGAAGCUGAAGAAAGGAGAGCUGGAGGAGAUCUUAAAGGAGCUGGACAUUAACGCAGAUGGAACCAUCGACUUUGAAGAGUUUGUGAUGAUGCUCUCUAUUCGCUAGCUGCUACAAGAGAAGGAAGGGAUACACUCCUGAAUUAUUCCAUAUAUAGUUAACAUAACUAUGAGCCA